GGGUGAAUGCCUAAGCAGGCGUCUGGUUUCAGGUAAAAGGAAGCGUUUGCAUACAGAGUUGCAUUUUGUUUCCACAAAAAAUUAAAUUGUCGUGAAAAUGAAAGAGCCAUGCAAAUAAAGCGGUAGUCUGAUUAAUGUCAUUAAUUCCAAAUGCUUCCAUUACGGCAUUAACGAUCUAAUCAACACGCUGACGGUGGGACUCCCAAGUGUGGCGAUUGCUUGUUCAUAAUAGCAGUUUAGGUAACUUACCAGCAAUGAAUGACAAAGACCCUUCCACUGCUGUUGAAUGUGAUGUCGAUUCAAGAUAUUAUCCUCAUUUCUUAUUGAUACCUGCUGCGAUAAUUCUUACGAUUUUGGCGUUUUUGCGACGAAGAAAAAGUUACAAGAAAGAUUUUUGGGGAGGUCGACCAGGACUCGUUAUCCCAGUAGAUUUCCUUGGUAUUGAUCAUGACCGACUUGCCACCAUGUUUGUGUUUGGAGCUGCUACGGAUUCAAUCAUUGCGCUCGUCACAAGGGUUGGAAUUUCAGGUGCAAUUGGUUGGGAAAAAGGGUUCCUUCUCUUCGGCAUUGCAAUUGAAAAUGCUGUCAUUUAUUAUCCCUUCUUUGCUUGCCUGACGACGUAUCACAAAAUAAUUGGAGCAAUGAUGGGCCUUCCAUAUUGUAUAGUCAAUUUUUGUGUAAAUUUAACACAAAGUUUUCAGAAAUGUCGGAAUUAUUCUUCAACCGGUUUCGCAGUAAUCAUAAUGAGCAGUUUGCCAAUCGUGAUAAACCAUUUGUUUAUCCUGGGAAAGUUCAUAUUCGUAUUUUACCAGGAGAUCAAAGAAUAUGGAAUCUUCGGAGUAAAGUUAUUUUCCCGCGAUGAUGAAAGUUCGUCUCCACAAGUGAAAUUGCUCAGACCUUGGUUGAAUGAACACGUGAAGAACAUUUUCCAACCAAAACCUCCUCGUCAAUAUUCAAGAAUGCAGUUUUUUCUGAGGAAAGUUUACAAUCCCGAAAAAGAUUUUAAGUUUUCGACUGAAACCCUCUCUGUGAUGAUGAUCUGUGGCAUUCUCCUUUAUAAUUUUUGCAUUGAAUUAAUCUAUUUGACAAGUGUGGAAUUGGAGGAAAUCGAGAAAGCAAAACCUUUGAAUGCUUUAGAAGAAACAAUUUUGGAUUUGUUGCGUGGGAUUUUUGGUUCAUUUUUGGUUAGUGCGAUCCUCACGACUGUGAUCUGUGCGCUCUCCCUCAUUCUCUUCAUGGAAAAUCAUAAGAAUAACAUGCUGAGGAUGUUCAGAGGGGAUAAAUCGUUCAUCGCUAAGAACAUAAGCGUGUCUCAGUUUAUGGUUGGAAAGGGACUUCGAUAUCAUAGUUUUCAGAUUGGAUACUUUUUGUGGGGCCUUGUUUUAAAUUGGAUUGUCAUAUUUAUCCCAUGUGUUCUUUUAUAUUCCUUGAAAUUUUCCAUGGUUCAGGAUUGGAUCCUCGACUAUAUCAACGGCGGCGGCGUACUCUUUGGCUUGGCUCUUUUUUUUCGGCUGUGCUCCAUUGCAGCUUCUGUGACAAUAUUCCGAGAUCGUAACUUCUCUAGAAACGUCAUUUCCAUAAACAACAGGAAUGUCUAUUUGGUGUUUUCGUAUUUUUGGUUUUUCGUGGGACUUCCGAUGGGUUUCUUUUCUGCCAUAUUUCGUAUCCUAAAAACAAUGAUUGUUGGAUUUCUGAUGUUGCCCAGAAUUGAUCAUAGCAUCAUGCCUGAUGGUUUUCAACGGUUUGAUCCAGGUUACAAUGCGUACACCUGUUAUCUUCACGUCCAAGCAGCUUUUAGAAACCCAGUUCUUCGAGUGUUUUGUCAAACACUGAUCGAUGAUCACGAAACACAAAGGAAAAGUGGAGCAAAGUGGAAACGUUCUCCCCAGGCUCGCGCCAAGUGGUUCAUCGCACUCACCUUGGCUCGCAAUCCACAACUUGUAGCUGAACGAAAACGUGCGAAGACUAUUUGUGUCACUGAAGAUAGCGACGUCAAAAUCGAUGUUGGUAAUGUUGGUAAUUAUGGGCCAGAUAAUACAGGAUUAAUACUAGAUGAGUAAACAAUGUAUAAUUUGUUUUUUCGAAUUUUGGUAAAUGUAGCGAUAGAACCGUAGAAAAACAAGUACAGUCCGUGAAACCCGUCUGUGAUCAGACCAGUUUUUCGUCUCUAAUAUUAUGAAUUUGGCUAAUUAUUAGAAAUCCUGUUUUAAUCCUAUUGGAAAACCGUCUUUACGUUAGUUUUGAGAGCACACGAGCAAAAAUUUUACUUCGCGCGGAAAAUUCCGCGUUGUUAUUUAAAUAAGCUGCAAGUGCUGUAGGAUAACCAGGUCUUCCACUUGCCAGAAAAUUACCUUGCAAAAGGAAAUAAUGAACUUUGCGAAAAGAAAAUUUAGUAUUCUACUUGUAGUGACAAACCAACUAAUA